AUGCCAACGCCCCAACUGUCGAUUGAACCCCAUAUCGCUCACCAAUGCGAAGAUGCAGAGGCGUUUCACGUCUGGCGCCAAGGCCAAGUAUGUGCCCAGCUCUACCCGGACCAAGACAUAGUGUUCCGGCCAGUCCCUAAUGGGGGAAUUGUCAUCCGAACCUUGUCGGUGUUUACUGGCAAACUGAAUCGGGCUGUGGGCUGUGGAAAGGAUGGAGACCUGGACAAGGACACUUUGGAGAUGUUGGAGUCAUUCUUUGCUGUGACUGGGCUAGAUCCAGAGAUCCAUGUUAGUCCUUUUGCGAGGCCGGCUACGUUGGAGUCUCUGAUUGUUCAUGGGUAUGAGGAGACGGGGAUCUUGAGCACUUAUUGGUGUACUCUCGGGGACUCGGCAAACGAAACUUCUUCAACGGGAACAUCGAGCACGACAACUUCUAGCACAGUGGCUAUAGAGACCCGACUGAUUGCCGCUCACGAGACAGAAGAUUUCAUUGAGGCCUCUAUCACGGGGUUUCAAAGCAACGGGCGCUCCCGGGAGCUGCUAGGAGGACUUGCCAGGAUUGCGACUCGACGAACGGACACGCAAUUGUUCAUCGCCCGGGUCGACAACAAGAUUGCUGGCUCUGCUGCUUUGGCCAGCAUCAAGACCUCUGAUGGGGGCGUGGCGCAUCUGUAUUUGGAUAGCACGUUGCCGGGCUAUCGGGGUCGAGGCGUUCAACAGGCGUUGAUCCAGGCCCGUCUGCGCGAGGCCCAACGCCGGGGUCUGUCAUUAGCAACGACCAUCACCCGUGUUGGGGACGGUAGUGCACGUAAUGCGGAACGGGCUGGUCUGCGCAUUGCGUAUACAACCAGCAUUUUCACUCGACCAGGGUUCCGAGAGGUGGAUAAUAUCCUUGUUCAAGAGUAA